GCAAAAUUGAACCCAGGGUCGCCCGCGGAAAUGUCAAAAUGCGUCGUGGGAUCAUCGGUAAGGAUAAUGAUGCUAAUAGGGACAUAAACAGUGAAGGAUUCGCUUGAAUAAUGUUAUUGAACGGAUGCUCACUCCGUGAAUUCUUAACAUUGAUAAACUGCACCAUUUUGAGAUUUUAUCAGAGAGUUUUCUUUACCGACCACACAGAAAUGUAUUUUCAACAUGGCGUCCAUGUUGUCGUCGCUGCCUUUGACUGAGCUGAAGUGAAUGAAAAUUUGCUCAAGUAAAAAGACUAAGAACGCAGAAACUGUUGGUAUACACCUGCGGAUCAUGGGCUCUGCUGGCUCUAUUACUAGCGGGAAAGAUAUCGACGACGACGAUGAAUUUGGGAAAGAGAUUGAGUCCGGCGUCACUAAGAAGAUACCUAUCGAGUGUGCACCCUCGAGAACUAAGUCGACAUCAGUGAAGUCAGUUGGUUCUUUUGCAGUUGGGAAGAAAAAGAGCCGACGAAGUUCGAAAGAUAAACCCGUCACUAAAAGCACCAGUCUUCGCUCUGCGCUGUCGUUUGACCAAGAAGGAGGAAAAUCAGAAGGAGAACCAGAGCAGAUUCGAGCAUUUCGCACGGUUUACGAUGCGAAGGUUAUAACGAGCAAAACUGAGAUUGCCGCACUUGAGGUUAUAAAGGAGAAACUACAUAGCGAAAACCAGCGAUUGCGUAGUGAAGUAAAAGCUCUAACCUCAACUUGUACGAAGUUAAGGAAUGAGCGAGCAAUGGCUUUGGAGGCAAAGGAACAAGCCUUUCAAAGAGCUGCGGCCUUUGAGAAAGGUGAGCUUGAUACUCUACAUAAUAAUAUUAUAGGGUCCACUUGUUGUUGUUUUUCGAUUUGUGAACUCUGAUUACUUGACCAACGAUAUUUUGAUCAUGGGAGUUUAUACUAACUAUUCUGAACUCAGAUUUAUAUUCUCAAGGUUAAAGUUUGAGCUUACACUGUUCCUAUUUAUAUAACUAGUAUAUUAUGGUGCCGAUUGGUUGCAGUGUUCUUGUGAUUGCAAUAUUUCAGUUGCAUAGUGAUUGCAUGGUUUGUCUUAAAUAACUGGCAGUCGUAUAUUUUUAGUUAAAUAUUUAAAGGUUGAAGUACAGUGAAAAAAUUGACCACAGUGUAUGCUUCUAUAUUUUGCUGUCUCUUGAGGUCAUACAGUUCUACAUACAGUGGUGAAGUCGACAAGUAGAGAAACUGGUGGUUAUUGUGGAAAACGGUUAUGUAAUACAAUUUGCACUGAAAUACAAUCUGUGCAUCUGUGUUGGUCCAUUUUUUUCUCUUAUUGUAAUCACUAAAAUUAUUUCUUUUCUCGUGAUUCUGAACUAGAGCAAAAGAUAUCAAUCCAGCAGUAUGUCUGGCUCUUCUCUUUUUGCUGCAGGUUAUUUUAGUUUUGUCUGAAAAUGGUGAACUAUUACCAAAAGAUAAAUACAAUACUAUAGCCUUGCCUGCGGCAAAACAGAUUUUAUUUUGGGGUAGAUUAGGAUCACUAUUUGUUCGUCUUGAGGGAUUGAAAUCAUAUUUUAUGGUGGCCACUAUUUAUUUUACGACAAGGAAUUCAAAGUGUAGAGUCCACUCAUUCAAUUCCUUGGUAAUUUGAUGAGCAUGUUAAUCAAAUUAACAUAAACAGCUCUUAAUUACUUUAAUUUCUUACUGCAAGUCUACCUUUGAUACCAGUAUGAAAUGUGUGUGCCAAAAUGUCUGUAUAACACCCGAGAGCAUAAAGGUCAACAUGAAUUCUUUCAAAAGGUAUUUUGUCGCAGCAUGAUGAAUGGGGAUGUUGAAGAGGGCUGGACCAAUUUUUUUUUGUCCCAUUUAAAAGAGACGUCAGUAUUUGUAAGGGUUCUAGUUUGCAUGCAGGAAUUGCUUUUGAAGGAACCUUUUGCAAAAAUACACAUUGUUACAGUAGUAUGAGUAGUCCGUGUUGUGUUUUGAAAGAUAUGAAUGCAAUUUUUCUUGGAUUUCACUGGUCUAACGCUCUUGUCUUUAGACUUCCUGUUUUAACUCUUUAACUCUCAGGGUUCCAAAAUCAAUACUCAGAAUUAUGCUUGGAAUAGGGAAAGAAGUGAUGUUAUUAGCUGGUUGUUAGCAUUUAUCUCUUGGACUUUAUAAAGUCUCAAUUUUUUUUUUAUUAAAACAACAUGUACUAAUAACAAUCAAGUGUUACAAUCUUAUAAGUUAAAUUAAUCAUUCCUAUGUGUAACUCAUUUCUUUGGGCCAGUUAUUAUAAACAAACUAGAUUGGUGAAGUUGUCUUGCAAAAGGUUCAGACUGUUAAAUUAAGGUAUCAUCUGCUCUUCAAGUUUAUCCUCGUGCAGACUGUGCUAUCAAUUGUAGUUUUAAUAAAAUACCCCAACAGACUGUACAGUUUCUGAAAGCUUAUUGUUCCAGAUUAUGCAAAUUUGUUUAGAAAAAUCCAAAAUGUUGUUUUGUUUCAGAAGCAAUGUGCUUUUUGCGAAAGUAAAUGUAUCUCUUUAUUUAAGUCCAGGCCAGCCAAAAAUGAACAGUUGAAACUGAUUAAGAUGGCAUUUGCUUCUUGACAUAUUUGACAACAAAAUUAUAUCGUGUCACGGAUUUUUGUCAAGUGCAUUAAUUUUGUUCUUUUGUUUUAAGGAUUAGAAGCUGGGCUCGGAAAAGUCACUAGCAAUACUUGUGAAAAAUACUAUAUCUUGAAUUUGAAAAAAAGAAAUCAAAAUUCGUUGGCCAAAUUUCAGCCAAAUCGGUUCAUGUUUCACUGACUUGGAGGUCAAAAUGUACGCUCAACUUGCCGCUAUCUCCAUUUGAAGGAAAAAGGGGACAAUAGAUUUUUUGCAGUGUCUUAACUGUAACCAAAAAAAUAUUUUUUGCUCUGUACAUGUACAUGCUUAUGUAAGUCUCUGUGAAAACGUUAUUUUUGGGGGGAAGUUUUUUUUAAAGAAAGUUCUGUACAAGCUCUUUUUAAUCCUCUAAAAAGAUGAUACCUUGAAGCAUUGAAAUCAAAAUCAAGACUUGUCCGCUGUGGCAUCUUACCGUGCGAACAAACUAUCUUCUUAUAAUGAACUGUUAAUUCAAUCACUGCUUCAUUAAAGAACACUUUUCAGUCUCAGGGCAAUCAGAUGCUUAGUUUUAGCAAAACUACCGUAAUAAAGUUUUCCAUCGUCGACCUCUUUUCAAAAAAAUUUUUUGACUCGCCAUCCAGUCAGGUAGAAUUGAGGAAGGUUCUACGUCCUUGCUGAAGAUUUGCCAAUCAUUUAUUGGUUUCUUGGAAGGUCUUUAAACCUCAGUUCUACAUCAAACUUUCCGAGGCACAGGUCUAUGUCUCCAUCUGAGAAUGAGGUUUCACUCAAAAGUAAAUAGAGAGAGGAGAGAUCUCUGAAUAGUGCCCAUUAUAAUUAUCAUACUCUACAUUUCUUUGCUUGUCAGUAUAAUACCAGACUCCAGAUCUCAUGAUCUACGGUGAAAGUUAGUGUAGAGUCCAAGCUGGGAUCAUUGUUGCUUGUUUAAGACUUUUCUUGCUGGAACCAUUCUUAUUAUUUCGUGUUUGAAGAAACUGCAACACAUAAUUUGUCAUCUGACAUGAUUAAUGUGUUGCAUAAUGUGUGAAUUUUGCUCUUGUUUCGCUCAAUGUGUAUACCCUAAGUAAACUGUAACUGUUAAAUUAAUGGGAUGUGUCUGGGUAGUUCAUUCCAUUUUGUUAAAUAUUGCUGAUAACCUGCCCUUCCCUUUCUUGCUAUGGAGCAUAACAUUAGCAAAGAGAUUAUUUGUUAAUGACAAAAUCUCAGCUUUGUGACAAACAAAUAUGUCUCCAAGGCAUUAUUUAUAAAACUAAUGGGAUUUACAAACAACCAAGAUGAAAUUGGAAAAACUGUUAGGGUGAAGAGUUUUCAAUUCUCCCUAUCCGUGCCUUGUUUAGUAUCUGCUGUUUUAUUUAAACCUCCCUUCAACAUGUUUUUCACAUUUUUCUGAUGAGGUGGCCAGGGGGUUGUCUAUCUAAAAUUAGCAAUUCUUGAUACAGCUCCUUUUGCAAAAACUAUUUGUGUUCAGCUUAUUACAGAAUAUACAUUUUUUAAUGAGUUAAGGGAAAUUUUUGACCUCAUGGCUUUAACUGCAAGGAAGAUCUUCUCUUUUACAUGUAAAAACUCCGUGUUUUAGUUGUUGUAGUUAUGGUCUGUGUUUUCUUAGUCAAGAAAAUGAGUGCAUUUGGUUUAUCUUCUGUCUCGCUUGUGGUUUGCCCUGUUGAUACUCUGUACAAGCUGUGCGUGCAGGAGUUGCCCUUUACUCUCUUUUGACAGCCAAAUGGGUAUAAUAUUAUUUUUAUGCUGCUUACUAAUAUUGAUCUGCCAAAACCUCUUUGGCAAUUUUUGACUCAAAUUUUUUACUCAGAGUCAUAAAAUGAUAUUCAAAUGACAGGACAGUUAGCACCCACUUUUCGCCUUUCACCAUUUUUAAUGUGGACACGUGACAGAAAAACAUGUUCUGAUUGCGUGCAAACAUGAUAUGCUCUGCGACCAAACUUUUGAAAUUUUAAGGGGCAUUGUGGAUGAAUGUUCAUCCUGGUUCACGUGUGAAGUAGCUGACUGCUUGGCGACUGGAAAAUUCUGUCCUGACCUGUACAUAUGCUAACUCAACAGAGAAUUCAAUGCAAGUAUUUGGAAACAUCUAGAAGCUGUGCAGUUAAAAAGCUCCAAAAAAUUCUAAUCUUCUUAAAGUCAAGUGUGAUGUUUCUGAGUAAGAACUAUUUCUGAAAAUAGGGAAAAAUUGAUUGAGGCUGUGUGGACUUUGGCCUUUUGGCUUGGCACGCCAGUAAACAAUAAUCCCUACUUCAAUGAGGCUACCAUUGGGGGAUUUCAAUCUUUUGAUUUGAAAGUGGAAAUUGACUCCAAUAGUGCAGUCUGUUCCCAAUGAAUUAACAACUUCGUGAACCUUCGAAUUUUUGAUGUGAUAGUUUUCUGUCAAACUUCAAAGUUUGGUGGCCAAACAUGUGAUGUUCGCACUCUGUUAGAACAUGCUUUGCUGUCACAGGUCCAUACUUACAGAAAAUGAUGGUAUAUGGGCCCAUUUUCACUCUUGUUUGUAGAAGACCCCAGGAAAUUUUCCUAAUGGCAUUGGAAAUUUAUAUAUUCCAAUAUCUAACUAAUGACAACGUGAUUUUGACUAAAUAAGAACCAAUUUUGUGCCUGACUGAAUUGUGCAAAGAAUAAUUUAUAGUGAUCAUUUCCCUCUAAUAUUGAAUAAUAUUAUGUCGCUGGGAAACUUCAUUUUCUAGCGGCUGCCUUUACAACUGUGUAUUAUUUCCGGCUUAGUACUGUUGUUUAGGGAGAUAGAUUGCGUGUGGCCAGAAAAUUGGUAAAACAUAGAUACAAUCCGCAAAACAAUAAAUUUGAUUCCUGAUAAUGUGGUUAAUGAGGCACUGUUCUAGCAGUGCAUGGUAGCCCCCAGUGCAUUUCUGUCAUCCUUGUGACAAGGAAGUCAUAUUGUUUGUUUAAACAGGGCUUCGUAUUGUUUGUUUCAGAAAAUUUCCAAAUACAUGUCGGCAAAACAUAUUUAAUACUUAUCUUGGCUAUUAGACCGGUUUUAUUCACCCCAAACGUCCAAAUUUAGCUUGAAACUUCAUCACUGCAAAAUAAAAACGUCCCAAAACUACCCGUUUUUAGAUGAAUUGCGAAAAGCUGCACUAACCAUAAUGUUGGCGCUUAUUUUGGAUCGAACUGUUGUUGAAAGAGCAAAUGAUUAUCCGUGUAAAAAAAAAACGUUCACCAGCGCCGGUCAUAUCGACGCAAAAUUGAUCGAUUAUAGCGAAAUUUGCCAAAAAACCCCAGCGAAAUGGGCUGUUUUUGUUGAUUGUUUCGUGGCGAAGUUUCCCCGAAAUUUCUCGUGAAAUCGGCCGAUUUUCCUAAGAAAUUCUUAGGAAAUUAUUUGCCCCGAAAAUCCUUCGAAAAUUGACUCUUUUCCGCUAAAAUCGAAAUGCCGAUUGUUCCUUUUUUCCCGCGAAAAUCCCGCGAAACGCGAAUUUGCCCCCUUUUUUUCCGCGAAAUAUCAGAAGCCCUGUUUAAAUAAAGUGUAUUGCUGUUAAAUAAAAGUCCGGGUCCAUGAUUAGCUGCAAUUUCGGUUGGAUCAUGUUGAUCUUUUCUCUUCCAACACUCAAUGGAAGCUACAUGUAAAUUUGCUACAAUAAUGAUAAUAAUGUCCUUUGUUUACCCUUGGCAUUAUUUAUAGCACAAAUGUUAGUAGGGCCGAGCAAAUGUCUCAAACAAAUAAUUUAAACCAAACUUAACAGGGUUAAGAAUCCCAACUGGCCGGAGGCAAACAAGCUAGGGCUAUUUACGUGCAUCAUCGAGGAUUUGACCUUGGGACUACCAUGAACAAAUCCAAUGCAGUCAGGGUGGGACUUGCAAUCAGGGCCUCCAAAUUAUAAGUCCAAUGCUCUAACCACACGAUCAGCCACACUGCUUUAUCAAACAUGUUAGGGCAUAACUUUUAUUGGAACUACAACCUGUAAAAAUUACCUUACAUACAUUUAACUUGGGUUCAGUUGUGCUUAGAAUAAGCGUGGGUGGAAUGAUUCCCUUAUACAGUGGAGCCCCACUGUAACAAAAAUUUGUUUCUUAUGGUGGGGUCUUCAUUACGUUGAAGAAGUAUGUUCAGUUACCAAGGAAAGUAAAGCAACCCUUUAGGAUAUAAAGCAGUUGUCAAGUUGUCCCAUAGGGAAGCAUUAUUAUUGCCAACAAGCAGCCUUGCUAAGACGCAAGGCUGUGAGGUGGCAGCCUUAUAAAGCCUUGCACAGAAGUUCCAAGGUAGAAUGAAUCUCGAAUCAAUGUAACAUAAGGUAGUGUAAGGUAACUUUUAUGACAUAAUGCAGAAUGCAUUGCUUUCUAGCGAACAUGUGAUACAGAACAGAGAUUCCACCGUGUGCAUGUUUGUGAGCCCCAUGAAAAGUAUUCUACCCAAAUACACUGCCUUUUUAUGCCACUAAGAAAAAAUAAUAACACCGCAAAAAGAUUGGAAACAACACUGGACAAUCUGGGUCAGGUGGCUUACAGGAUGUUGGACUGUAUACUCAUUUGCACUUAUCUUGCCUUCAAAACUUCAGGCAAUGAAGUCUAUUUUUAAAAUUUUACAUUCUGUGACCCUCUGAACAAAACAAAAAAUGAAACAACAACAGCAACAACAGAAUGAGAUGCUGGUCAUCAUUAAUAUUUUGAGCUUCAAGAGGUUAAUGUUUUCAAGGCUAGUGAUUUUUUUCCAAUCCUUGUGCCAAAAAUUAAUUAUUAAUUUUUGGCACUCAGUCAAAUAUGCUAAAAUCAAGAUCAUGACACCUUUCUCUAGUUUUUGUUGAAGUUUAACUUUAUUGAUUUUAUCUUUUUCAGUGUAAUGAUAAAUAAAACUUAGUGACAAGCUUUUAAAAUCAAAAGUGAUGAGGACUUUUUACUGAAAAGCAGAAAUUCUUGAAUUAGUUGGCCAUAACAUACAUAACAAUGUUGAAUGCUUGUUUUACAGUUGAAUUAAAUGAUGACAAUGAUAUCUUAAAGAUACGUUGUAGAAGCAAUAUAGUGAAAAAGUUUGAUCAUGGGAGAAUUAUUUGCUACUGUCCUCUUUGCCCAGCUCUGAAAGAAAUUUUUACUUAACACAUAUUAAUUUUUGGAAAGAGAAAAUUGACUUCAUAAGUUUUGUCAGCUCUCGUGCGUGUAUUUUUUAUAUGUAAUAAUUAUCUGUUUAUGUGGUUCAUACCCAUGUUACUGAGGUCAUUAACCUAAGUAAGAAAAGCAUGCAGCUGAACCGAUUAUUAUACAGCAAGUGUUUACCAAUCUCAUCACGAACCAAAUGCAUGAAUAAAAUUAUUAAAGAAAAUGAUCAUAACAUGUCGAAUCAAACUUCUGUGUCAGUUGUUUGAUCCUUGUAUUUAGAUUUUUGUCACUUCUUGUGGUUUUUUAAACAUUGUAUUCAAAUGCUAGUCUAGAUUCAGUUUAGAUUUAAUUUUGAUAUUUGAAACUCACCGGGCAAACUGUUCAAUUUUAUCUUUUUAAUUCAAACAAAUAUAGCAGCUUGGUACAAGUCCAGACAAAAUUAAACUUUGAUAAGAUUUUUAACAUUCCUUCACAUCCGAUUCCACCUUAACUUUUUUAUUACUUUGUGUGUCAUAUUUUUGGCGGAACUGACACAAUUAAGUGCUUUCACUAAAACAACAGAUUGAGAGGACCAGAGCUUAAUCUGUUGUCUUGAACAGUGCCAAAACGUUUACAUACUUUAGAUUUCUUUUGUUUUGUGGAAUUUUACAAAUAAAUUUCAAUUUUACUCAGUAUCAUACAGUUAACAAGUCUUGCCUUGUGGACAUCUGACUCACUAUUACAUACUGACACCCUGCGUAUGAUAUGCACAGCAGCUACAUAUGUAAAUUCCCAACAGAAAUUACAGACCUUUUUACUUUAAAAAAAAAAAAAACUCUGGCUAUUAUAGACUUUCAUGCACUUUUUAUUUUUUACAAACUUACACAAAUUUUUCGACCCCAACAACAUAUUACAUGUAAUAAUUUUAUUGCCUUGCGUGGGUCCCCUCUUUAUAAUGAACAAAAGGCAGCAUCUUUAAGCACUUACGUGUAGAAAGUUUUAAGAUUUUUUUCUCCUGUUUUUAUGUUUCAGUUUUAUUGUUCAAUUUGCUGUUGGAUGCUUAAUUAAAAAAUAAAGUAGUAUUAUGUAUAAUUGUGUACGUAGUUCUUUUGCUUACAUUUUGAAAGCCUUGAUGUAUUAGCAGGGAGACAAUAGGAAAUGUGAAGUGGGCAAGAAAAGAAUAGUUUUGAGUCUUAAAAGCAAAUCUGCAAAAAUUAACCAAAGUGCAGCAUGGGUCAAAGAUUUAAAUAAUUAUGCUCCUCUUUUGUAGAUAGGUACCUUUAGUAAAUACCAGAAUGUCACGUAGUUUUUUCCUCGAAAGGUCUGUUUUUUUUCUGCGAAAAUUGGUGAAAACCAUUUUAUGCCCCGGCGCCAGUUUCCUGAGUCCAAAAUAAAAGGUUGAAUCAGGGUUUGUGUCAAACAACUGCAUGAUCAGAAAAAACAGUUUUCAUGAAAACUUUUUCAUAGUAACUUAUCAUAAACUAAUGUGAUCCCAUGUGAAAAGUCAUCUGAGUAUUUUGAAAAUGGUGCAAAAUCAAGAAUGAGGAAAAGUAACUGAAUGAUCUGCUUUUGGCAAUCUUUGGAGAUUACCAAUUUGAUAACUUAAGGAGUUAUCCAUUUUCUUGAACAGUUCUUAGCCUGUUCACGCGAUCGACCCAGGUUAUUUUCAGCAACAUGUUAUCAAGGUCGGUGGCCCAAAAGAAGAUUAUUAAGUUAUUUUCGGAUUAGUCUGCCAAGUUCACAUGUUAAUGGCUUGUUUAUGAAGCAGAGGUAGAAGAUUCUUUUCAGUCUAUGAUCACUUAUGAUUGACUAAUUUUAAAGUAUUAAUCAAAUUAGCAGUGAAAAUACUCUCAAAGGAUACAAAUUUAAUAAGGAACCUAACCAGAGUACUUCUGGUUAUUAAUCCACCCAGUUCAUGUUACACUAGUCCUGAUCCCAUGAUCAAGAUGGGGGUCUAAAGCAUAGAUAACUUAUAUUACUUAUAACACCAAGACUUACAGCCACCACCUGUGUAACACCGGCCAUGGGUUACCACCAGCUUUAAAUUCCACUAGAUCUACAUGUAUAUGUUUAUGAAAAUGAAGAUGUCUGUAAUGCUUUUCGGUCUAUUAUUAUUUAUUUGUCUUUUGCAGAAUUUGAAGCAGUUAAAAUAAAUUCAAUUUUCAUUGAAAGAUAAGCUGUGGGAUACAUGUUGCAAUUGAGUGAAUGUGCAUAUGAUUGAAUAAAUAAAUAAACAAAGUAAGGUAAAUUAAAGUCAAUAAAUUUAAAAAAUAAAGAUAUCAACAGCAUUAGAUGUAAUUUAAUUAUCAGCUACAAGUGAUCUUACUUACCUGUAAUUAUGUAAUAAUGUUGUUAUUGGUGCUAGUGGAAGGUAGUUUACAGUUUUAUUACAUAAUCUUUGUUGUAAAAGUUAAGAUAAUUUUUAUUGACAUUAUAGCUGUCAUAAGUUUUAAGACCGGGCUGUAUGGAAAUGUACCCUCCAAACAUGUCUGAUAAAUUUUAAAAAAAGUUGUAUUGUGUUCUAAAGUUCCUCUAAUUUGAAGUUAUAAUCAAAUUAGCAGUGAGAACACGAUCUCAAGCUGAAAUAGACACCCAGAUAAAUGGAGAUCCUUAGAUUAGCGCUAACCCCUUCACUAGGCUUCUCAGAAUUUUCUUUGUCAAGUGCCUCAAGGAAAUGAAAAACUGGAUACUCAUUUUUAGGAGCCUUAUUUUCAUGUAAAGAGCUUGCAUGUUAAGCUGUUCAAACCAAGGGAAUGAAAUGAACCUAGCAGACUUUGGAAGGGAAAUUAGACCGUUCUUUAUGUUAAUUAAUAUAUUUUUGCAUAUGAUUCCUUAAAACUUGAAAACGUAGUUUGGAGAAGAGCUGGACUUGUGUUUUGUGAGGGACUUGUAAUGUCAAAAUGUUAACAUUGCUGGAAUUUCUUAAAUUCUUGUCUACUUUUUUUUUUUCUAGUAUGUUAAGACGGAAUAAAGGAGAUUGAGUAAUUUUUAUUUUCAGUGGACAAAAACCUUGUACCAGUAUAAUUUAAACAGUAUCGCAUUUUUCAAGGGCUAUAGGUAUAAUUAUUUAUUUGUAAUAACACCAGAGACUAUUUCUCACGGGAGCCAAGGGAAAUAAAUGUCAAAUUUUGCUAGAAUUAUGAAAGUAUUUUAUGUGAGAUUCUGAAAAUUUCAUGUGUAAGAUGUCAUUUUGUGAAAUUUGACAUUUAUUUUGUAGGGCUCUCAUAAGAAUUUUUCUUUGGUGUUAUUACACUGAUAACUAAUUACAUCUAUAGCCCUUGAGAAAAAUGUAAAGUAGAAUGGGAUAUUGUUUAAAUUAUUCUGGUAUGAGGUUUUUGUCCACUGAAAGUUAAAAUUACUCACUUUCCUGAUGAGUUCCGUCUUAAUUUUGUUCAGAGUUGAUCACCAAAGUUAGUAUUAAAUAAUUAGCCAUUAUUGGAUAAGGCUUGGUAUGAUCUGAAGAAUUUUGGAGAUCAAGGACGGUGUAAUUGGCCGAGGCGGAUAACACCCUCUGACAUCUGCGUAAUUCGUCAGAUCAUACGAAAGCCAAAUCCAAUAACUGUUUUAUCAUUAAUCAAAAUAUUUAUAUAACUCAGUGGCAAAUGUUUUUUGGAUGAAAUGUAAUAGUACGUAGCAUCCCUGAACUGCUUAAAAUUAUUAAUGCACUCAAUGUAAGUAUGGUGUGCAAGGUUGCUGCCAGCCUAAUGGGCACUCAGUCACCAGGGCUUCCUACGAUUUGCUCACGGGUGACUAAAAUUCAAAACAGGAAGCCUGCACGGGCACCUCAAACUUAUGAUUCUUAUAGCAAUAGCCUGAUCUAUGCCCACCUCUAAUGAAGGAGUGACAGAAUUCCCAGCUCAUUUUGCACUUUUGAAACGAAAACAUAAAAUGUGUGUUCGUUGACCAUAGGCAAAAAAUUUCCACUGAAAAAAGUAAACAAACAAGCCUUUUUUGUAAAUUCGCAACUUGGAUGAAUCAAGUUUUGAGCAUCUGAUUAUUAUUUAAGUUUAUUGAUCAAUGGGCUCCUAACUUUUUUUUUUUAGAAGCCCAAAGUGCUCCCAAAAACUUUUCUUAAUUUCUUUUGCCUUUAAUAAAGUUACUUCAGUUGUUGUUUGCUCUUGCUUACCGCAAUCAAUGUUACUUUCCUAUCUCUAUUUGCCUGUUUCUUGGUAAGUUCAGGACAAAAAGGGAUGAUAAGUCUAGCAGAUUUGUUUUAAAUAGCAGAUGGCAUCUGUAAAAAUGUAUUCUGUCUGUCCUUUCCAUGUUUUUAGACAGUAAACGAGCUAUUUCUUCUUCACAAAACAUGCGAAUUGUUCCACCUUUUUCUACUGUCCUACCAAAACAACUCCACCUCAUCGCCAGGACUUCUCAAUCACCUUCCCUUUUUCUGGCAAUUAUUGCCCGUACUAUUGACAUUGUUUUCUGGAUAUUGCAAACAUCUUCUGAACUUGGUCAAUGCUAGCUGGUUAUGAAGAAUUGGCCAUGGGUUUUGAGCCUGAGCAAGGAGAAAUAUUUUGAAUGAAUAAUAUUAAUUAAUCUAAUUUUUUAGCACAAAGUCAGCAUGCUCAAGUAAUGUCACAUCUUUGUCUUUUAUUUUAUUUGAACUUUAAUUUGUGCAUGCAUUUUCAGGUGCUUUCAAACUACUGAAUACUACUACUACUACUAAUAAUAAUUGUUAUUAUUAUCAGUUAAUAAUAAUUAAUAGCUGAGAUAUUUUUUUCAUAGAGCGGGACAAAGUUCAGAGGCAGUUCAAGCUAUUUAGAGAAUCCAAAGAGCGUGAGAUACAGGACGUACUGUUAGCAAAGCGGGAACUUGAAAUGCAAAUCCAGCGUUACUUGUCAAUGACCUCGCAUGAUGAACAGAGGUUGGAAGUUGUUGACAACUUGGCCACAGACUGGUUUACAUCAUCUUUAGAAAGUGAUCCAAGUGUUGAUAGUUUAACACAGGUGACAUCAUUUCGAGGACCUGAGUUCUUCCAAAGUCCGAUGGAGAGAGAAGGUCCCUUCACAAAUAUCAGCAGAGGUAUAAACUUGGCUAAAUUUGUAAUAAUAUUAUUUAUAUAUCUGUCUGGAUUUGCUAAAACAUGGUUAAAGAAAUUUCAACUGCAUUUUAACAAUUUAACAUUUAAGUUGAAUGGAAAGCAGUUAAAACUCACUUGCUGAGGCUUGACAAUGACAACUUUAUUGCUGGCGACAGAUGGUAAACUUUUCUUGCAAAGUAACAGGAUUUUGCCAUGAAAUACAUGUAAACAACAUUCGAAACGUCCAGAAAUUAUAACCUUUUAGUCAGUCAAAUCACGAGGCCCAUAGCUAAGUGUCUGCCAAACACAGAUUAAGGAUCCACAAUCUUUGAGCACUGAAUAGGCUUUCUUAGACAAAAUCACCUAAACUAAACACUCACAAAGUGUUGUUAUGCUUGGCACAAAGUAUUCUUGUAAUACAAGCUCAACCACAUACCUGAGUUUGUCUGUCAAUAUACCUUUGAUAAAUCACACAAUACGUGUAAAUCACUUUCACGGCAUGACAACACUUCCAAAAACCACUCAUAUUAUUUUCACAUUUAACACUAGCCUGCGAGUAAGCUCUCUGGGGCGAUCUGGUGGCAGGGCGAGAAAAGGAAGUAGAGCUUGCAACUGUGUCUCUGGAAUUUGAAUAUCUGCAUCGAAAAAGUUGGUGCGAAAUGCUGAUUGACGGAGAUGACAUUACUAAUGAUAUCAUUACCCUAGCUUGGCACAUGUUUUUCAAUGUUUGUUUACAUUCACGCUCAUUUCUCCUUUGUGCUGAUUGGCAGAAAUCUGACAGCUCAGUCGACGCGGAGCCCCAGGAGAAUUAGAGGUGGAAUUCAAAUUCCAAAGCACCCCAGAGAGCUUGCUCACAGGCUAAUUUAACAUGGGCGAAACAUCGUCAAAUUACUUGGAAAAACUCUCGCUUUCUCCUGUAAAUCGUCACAUGGAAACUUUUCUCACACAGUCAAUUAAUUCAAGAUCUCAGAUGUAAACCAGCGGUUUUGAAAAGGAGACAUGGAGCCCCUGCUUUCCAAACAAUUCUUAACAAAGUCUUUGGUUUGGUCAGAAAUCAGCGUCAAUUUCGGUCUCACUGGAUAGAUUUGACCUCUAGAACAUACUUUCUGAGACCAAAAACUUUUUACUGCCAGUAACGAAGCUCACAAUAUCCAAUCUUUCCGUCUCAAGCGUGGGUUCAGUCUUUCACUUGUGUAACCAAAUGAGACAAAAAUGAUACAAAAAGAUUUUGGACACAGCAGACUUCGCGAAUCGGGAAUUGCCAAUGUGUGAUUUCAAAUUGAAACACAGAGAGAAUUGUGGGAAGUUAUGAAAAGUGUUUUUUGGGGGGGGGGAUUGGGGUUAGGUUAAUGGUCAGUGAGAAGCUCAUGAUAGGAUAUCUACUGCGCUAUGCAGGGUAUUCAGUAAAUAUUCGGUAAGAAGAAGAAUAAAAUAACAAUAAUAAAAAAAACAUGCUCAACUGCAAGACUCGGUAAAGGUGAGAGAAAUUUGUAGAACCAUGGUUUAGCAAAUCCAGUCAGAUAUAUAAAAUUAUACUAUAUAUAAAUGUAACGGAAUAUGUGAGAAAAAAAUGGGGAAAUAAACAAACUUAGAACCUAACUAACUAAAAGAACAAGUUGUGACAAUGACUGGUGUCUAAAAAGAUACAGAGUCAUUAUUGCGUUGUUAUUGUUACAUUAUUUUGUACAUGUAACAUUAUUACUGACAAUAGUUCCUAUCUGACGAUUGAUUUCUUUUAAUACAUGUAGUAGAAUUAAGCUGUAUGCAGUCAAAUCAAUUUGUAUUUUAAAGUUGUCUGUAUCUUUAGAAGGUUUGUAGAGAGCUAGCGCUCUUACAAUAAGCAAUGAAAAUUUAUGCCUGUUGGCUCGCUAAAUUUUUAUUGUAGAAACAUCAAUCUUGGAUAGAAUAAAAAUGGAACAUCCCCUCAAAAUCAAAGAUGAAGUUGUGUGAAAGCCAAAACACACAACUUUCCUAUCUUUGAUUUUAUAGUCUUAAAUUCGCUCUACUGUCCAUUGAAUGUUUAGGUAACUGAUGAAAUUUGAGUGGUACUGAGCAAAAUAUUUGGCCCGUUAAACAAAAUUACCUUGAGUUUGGAAAUGUUUGAAUGUAACAUAAUAUUUACUAGUUGGUAAUACAGUCAAACCUCUAUUAAGAGGUCACCCAUGGGAACUGGCCAGGUGACUGCUUAAAAGAGGUUUUCUAAAAAUAAGCCCAUGAUGUGACAGAAAUUAAACUAGAGGGCAAAAUUGACAGUAAGGCAAAAUAUGAUAAAAGUAUUUGGAAGUUCUGAGGAGUUCAAGCCUAAACAACAACUUUUUCGGUAAUUUUGUUCGUAAGAGGAAUUCUUUACAAUCAAGCACAUCAUCAGCAAUAUUAUUAUAUCAUUCAAAGCGGGGCCGAGGCCUAUGAACAGGGGAAGGUAAAAGUCGAACAGCAAAGAGUAAUCAAUGGUGGUGUCUUUAGCCUUGUGGCUCCUUGUGCAUGAACAUCAGUACUGUUUGAAGGUGACGGCUUUUCUUAUUGUUGGCUGCAACGGAAACUCGGGACAUAAAAGAGGACUUCAACAUGUGCUCCUGUAGACUCACCACAGAGAUCCAGAUUGGGUUUGAUGAGCUGUAAGAGAAACUGGACAUGCUUUGUCUCAUUAUCUUUUCAAAAAAUAUGCAAUUUAUUGAUUGUUAUGUUACAAGGUGACCGUUUAACAGAGGUGAAUUGCAAUUAAAUUAGCCAUUUGAGAAAUCCAAAUGAUGUCUGCGUCUGCUUAUAAGAGGUGACUGUUGAAUAGAGGUUAAAUUUACAGUUAUUAUGGGAAGCAAAUUUCGGGAAAUUGAUAGUUGACAGCUUAAUAGAGGGUGACCGCUUAAUAGAGGGCCACUUAAUAGAGGUCGACCGUAUUAAUACUGUUGAUGUUAUUUAACAGAUGACUGGAAUGCUGUAGCGCCAUCAGUACUUCAACAGGUGUCCUCAAGCCUGCAAGCCCCAGUACAACAGCAAACUAUUCGGGUGUAUCUAUCUGCACCUGACGGGAUGCGACAGGAAGUAGAUCUCUUAAAGCAGGUAAAUGUCCACCCAUGAGGCACACUCACACCUUAGGGAAUAGCCAUGGGUGGAUUUAGGGCUUAGCCAAGGGGAUUGAGGUCACCCCUUUUUCUGUGUUAUUUUGUUUUUGAAAGAAUUCUUAGUAAAAUAAGUGGUAUCUACUUAGUUGGCAAGUUUCCCGGUCACCUCUUUCUGAAUUUUCUGGAUGCGCCCUGAUACCCACUUGUUUGGAUUAUCCAGAGCACAUCUCAUGUUCUCCUAUAUGAAUCACCGAAUCCUCUGGAUAAAGUGGCUUCUAAGUUUUGAACAUUAACCUGAAAUGUAAAUGUGGCUAAAUUGCAAUUUAGGCAAGGUUAACCUUGAGACAUCACUAGUUUGAUGAAUGUGUGUGAAUGUCUUCAUCUUCGGACGUCUUCAGGUAUUAUUGGACCCCUGCAAAAAAAUCCUGGCACUCUCAGGAUGAAAAUGUCACACCUAUAAAUUAAAAAAAGUUGGCAGGUGUAAAAAGUUGACCCAAAAAUUCUAAUAAAAAUCUUGUUCCAUCACCCACCUGCCCUUCCUUCCAUCUGAGACCAAGUUCACAUUAUGUUGUUGUCUUCCACCUUCCAUGCAAAUAAUUCAAUAAAUAUUAUGCCAUUUUUAAUUUUGAAUCGUGCCCCAGUCCUCACUUGAAACCUAAUGAAGGUUACUUCAUUUUUUUUCACAUAAUAUUAUUUAUCUGGCUCACUAUGCCCAAGUACAGUUGUUCCACCUAAAUUUAACUUAAAAAUUUUAGUAACUUUUUGUCUGAAUUUAUGUGAUGUUAUUAAUUUCUGUCCCAGCUGUACAUUCCCAAGCUUGAGUGGCUUUGUGAACGACAGGAGAAGUUCCUGGUUGUGGUACAUUUGGAGGAUCCAGUUGAUGAAUUAAAUGAUGAGGUAGAGUGUAUGAAGGAAGGUUCAUUUAUUAGUCUGAGGCAUGAGCAAUCACCUUUUGAUAACAGAAAAAAAAGACAUGUGCUAGCUGAAUGCAGGUGUACAUCAUGUACAGUGUGGGGAUGAUUGAUUUUAGAAUUAUUCCAACCGUAAUAGUACGAAAUGAUGUAUCUUACAUUUAGGUUUCUUUAAUUUAAAAAUAUAUGCUGAUGCAAUGUCAAGACUGCAAGACUCUGUAACCAAUGCACAAUGUACACUGACUUGGUUGAUUUCUCAUUGUUUAUGUUUUACAGUAUCACAUUCAAACUGUACUUUUCAACUUACUAUGUUAGGAGCCGAUGGAAGAUAAGCUUUGAAUUGUGCAUGGCUGAAAUAAUAAAUUGCCACUUCUCGCACAAUUCACAACAUUGAGUGCAAAGUCCCUGAUAUUUUGGUUGGAAAAGUUUAUAAACACUGGAUGUGAAAAAUUAGUCCAACUGCAGUUAUUAUUGGUAAUAACUACUUUUUAUUAUAUUUUUUUUUUAGGAGUUAGCGGCAAGAGUUCAGCUGAGAUGUGAUCAAAUAAAAAACAGCAAGGUCUUUGUUGCCUUCUUGGGUGGAAAAUCAAACAGGUUUGAAUUGCCAUCUUUUACUACUUUUUCUUAUUUAAUGAUUGUUCAAAGGAUGAGAGAGAUAAGCUUGAAGAAGUGCCCUUUUUACAAUUUUUUUGAUUGUUAGCAAAAAGUCUCUCAUGAUGUGUACCGUAGCUAGUCUAACCAAACCCAGUCCAGUAGCUAACAAUUAUGUUGUAAAAGCAUUCUGGCAUCAUGGCAAACCCAUAAAGUGCAACUUUAAUCCAGUGUAGCAAAAAUGAAGCCCAUAUAAUAUAGCAGGAAAAUUAUAUUGCAGCGUUUUUUUAUUGAUGAUGUUAAUUGUACUGAUAUCUGUAGCUAUGUUGUAGUUAUGAAGAAUAAGUUUUUGCUGAACAAAGUUUCUUUCCUCAUUCUUAAUUCUCUUUAGCUGUAACUGUGUGUGCUUGUAGAUUGCUGCUAAAUAUACAAUAUAAUAAUAUUGUAAUGUUUUUGCACCAUUAUUGUUAGGUUUACUGGUGAAGAGUACAACCAAGCUCGUGUAAGCUGCCCAGGAAGAUGUCAUGCCAUUUUCUGCUUCAAGAACCUGGAUUGGAAAGGGUAUUGUUACUACAAUUGUCUUAUUUACAAAUAAAACGGCCCCAGGGGUGUUGGGGGGUAGAGGGAGGGGGGUGUUAGAUGUGAUAGUGACGAAAGUUUAGAAUUCCAAAUCAGGUUUAACAUCUGCAAGCAACAGCUUACUUUCAGGGUUUAGUUGUUAUAGCAGAGCUCCAAGCGCAUGCAAAGUGCAUGCGAGCAGAGCCCCAUAGCUAAGAAAAGCUGGUUACCUCUCCAUCCAAGACAUUUUUGUCGUCACAUGACUGUAUAUCCAUUUGUUCGCCAUCGGUUCAUCUGCACCACAGGGCAACCAGUGUAAAAUCCCACACUUCCUUGCUAGUGUGGGAGGCUGCAACCUGUGUUGCACAUCCAUGUUGUGGUCAAUUGAUGGCUGUCAAAACAGAGUAUUCGCUGACCAGUGUCACAUGACCAUAUUGUGUGCUCAGGUGUCAAUCCAUCAAGGUUACGUGUUUUUUGAAGUUAUCCACUGACAAGUUACUAGUUUUCAAGUGAUUGCAGGCUCAACUCCAAGUUGACUUCUUUGCAAUGGUUACAACUUUAUUUUUGAUUGGAGAAGUAAAUAAUGAGACCUUCGUUUUUACAUAGCCUGGGCUAAAUCUAUAUUAACAGUUUAUCCUUUUGCUGCCACUUUUAUACCUGAGUAUUAAUUCUCAGGCAUAAAACCAUCACAAAUACUGGUACGAUAAAAAAUCUUUUUGCAACGAACAGUACCAUUCUAAAUGAUUUCUUUAAAGUCAUUUUACAACUCAGUCUGGUAUUUUGUUAGAGCCAUUUAAAAGUGCCACUUCCACUAUUUUGAACCAACCUGAGGAGGGUUUUGUGAGCUGCCUUGCAGAUCAAAAUAUUUUUGCCACCUUGACCUUGUCACUUUUGCAGCAGGCUGGUGUAAAAUUAGCCUGGGUCACAGAUGAAACUAAAUCUCUGGUUAAGUUAAUCUGUGGGCCAGCGCUGAAAUCCAUAUUCUGAGCCCCCACCUUUGUACCAGGAUUUGAGUAUGUGCCAUUAUUGGCCUGUUAAAAACGCUAUUGUCAAUUUGCCAAUCAGGCAGAAGAAGGAAAAUUUAAAACACUUCCUGACCAGUAAUCCAGAGUCUGAUGGGACCCAGGCCCCAGUUGUUCAAUAGGUGGAUAAUGCUAUCCACCGGAGAAAACACUACCCACUGGAUAGUGCAAUUGGUUUCCCUAACACUUAUCGGUUGCAUAGUGAUUUAUCUGGUGGGUAGUGCUAUCCAUCUUUUGAACAACUGGGGUCAGAACAAUUAUUACCUUGGUGCUGCCUCUGAUGUUAGUAACAGGGUUAGAUUACAAUCAUCUGGGAUGCAGCUAGUGUAAAUUGAGACUUGGCAGCAUUGUGGCUAGUACUGUAGUGCAGUGUGGCAAGUAGUUUUCUUUGCAUGUGAGGAAGUAAAAACCAACAUUUAAUUAUCGUUUAACCUUUGUUUUAUCAGGUACCCAUCUCUGAAAGAUGAAAAUAUUUUUCUGGCUGAAAAGUUAAAAACAGAAAUCAGAAAGGCAGAUAACAUAAAGGUAUCUUUUUUGAUUAUGGUUCCAAGCUUCCCCAUGCCUGAUGGCUAUUAUAAAGGCUGUGACAAAAAACAGACUGAAAUAUAAGUUAAUAUUAUACUUCAUUUUCAGAGCAGAUUAUGCAAUUAAAAUUAAGACCAUAAUGUUAGAAAAAAAAUGAUGCUAUUUGUGAUUUUUCAAGGCUAAUUUAACCUCUGUUUUCUAGGUCUCAUAUUAGAAAAAUCACUGUAAUUUAAUGAUGUUUAACAAACAAUAAUGAGUGUAAUGCACAAUAUAAGAUCUAUUAUUUUUUAGAACAAAAUAGUUAAUUUUGUUCUUUUAUCUUGACCAAAAUGGAAAGUUAAGCUUUGACCCUUGUAAGUCUGGAGAAAUAUCUAGUUCUGGUUUUUCCAUGUUUUUAUUUUCAAGUGUUGGUAAAGACCAGUUAGCCAAUAUCCAUUAAUACCACUGCUGGAAAGAGCACCUUUAAGUUAGCAAAGCUACCAAGUUUAAUUCAAUUCAAUUCAAUUCAAUUUUAUUCACACUUCAUGAAAUAUUUACAUUAUAUAUAGUAAGGUAGGAAUACACUAAUGAAGAAGAAGAAGAAGAAGGAAAAAAGGAAAUUAAUUGCUUGGAUAGAAGUGUACAGUGGUCAGAGGAGCUUAGCUUUUGAGCUAACCACUGCUAUAUAUGUUUAAAAGUGAUACAUACAAAUUGAUCAAAGAUAUUGCACCAAAGUCAAAAUAAUUUUACAAACGUUUGUAUGAUGGGGGGCACAAACCUGAGCUGCUUCCCCCCCAACUUUCAAACAUCUGUAAUAUUUGGUGACUUCAGCAAAUCUCAUUCAAAAUUGAGAUCUUAACUAAAUAAUUUUAAGGUGUCUUUUUAGGUGUGGUGACAGAUUUUGCUUUUUGGUCCCAAUCAAAAGUUGAAAAAAAAACUUUGGAAGAGUCUCUUGAUAGACAUUGAAAUAAAAUUUGGACUCAUCAUGCUUGUGGGAAUUUUUGUCACUUGUUGCAGUUGCUGGACAACUAUGAAACUUCAGAGAAGGGAGCAAUGUUUGCUUAUCAAGAGUUAAAGAAAUUCAUAAAUAAGGUAAGUCCCUCUGAUCAGAGCUGAUUUACAUACUUGUUAUACUUCAAAUUUUAUUUUUACGAGGCAGAAACUCUCUUCUCUUCGGUUAAAGUUAGCUUUAGAUUUAGGUUGCUGAGGGUAAUGUUUCCAUGGGUCAACUGCGCAGUUCUCAAAGGGCAAGCCAAAAACUUUAGUUUCUUUGUUCCCUGAGCAGUGUGUUGAUUUUCAUUGUAUUCAUCCCCAGGAGCUUGGAUUGGCAGAUGAUCAGCCCACACAAUGUGAUUAUUCACUCUCUUAUGGGUCACUUCGGGAUUCCACAGAUGAAUGGGAACAAGUUGAAGCACUAAAAGCAGCGGCAGAAUGCUCCUGUGAAAUUGGACUUAGUAAGGUAAGAAGACAUCUGCAUGUUCAGUCACACAUCACGUCAGAACAGUUUUGAUAAUUAUUAACAACUACCUCACUUACUCGUUUUGUGGAGGUGGGUGCCCAGGAUAUCCGGGGGCUUCCACGUUUGGUGCAGCCAGCCCCUAGACAGUCUUACAUCUCUAUGGCUGGCAAACCCACGCCCUCCAGCCAUGAACCCCCACGCCAGUGGAACCAGGCACCCAUCACACUGAUUUAUUAGUGGAAAAAUAAAGGGGGGGCAGGGUUCGCAAAUACUCCAAAUGUGCCGUAUUUUACGCCAAAAUUGACUCCAAAAUUUGAGAAGCAGAAGCACAGUGACUCCACUUAUCAAUAAAAUUUGCAAACCCUGGGGGGGGGGAUGGGGUAAAAGAAUGAUCCUCAGCCUAAACAAAGAGAAUGGCUACCAGGAAAACGUUGCACUGAGCGCAUGGAGGUGAUGCAAGCAAGGCUGUCCACGCUUGAGCCAAACCACUGACCACUGACCACUGACCACGCCUGUACUCUUCGUUGUUAACUGUGUUAAAUAAAUUUAACUUCAUAAAAGGUUUUUGCCUUUUCUCACACAGUUGUGAUUAGACUCGUGGAGAGAAUCUCACCUAGCUAGACUAGACUCUUGCAUUGUAAGAGGGUGAUAACUUACUUCAAGUUUGAAUGCCACAUACUGUAGUAAAGUAAGAUCACUGAUUAGAAUUAAUUAAUGAUUCAAUUUUCCCAGCAGAAUUGCAAGAGAACAAACCUAGCCAAAAUGAAAACGUGCUGUGCCCUGUUUGUUAAGGCAAUACAAAACACAUGAUGAAGUAAAAUGGCUAUGUGAAAAUUCAUACCUGGUUUAUUAAAGUCAGAAUGUCAAGUCAAAAUAUCAAUACAAACUUGCAAUUGCCUGCAAAGUUGAGGGUAGUAUCACCAAAGUACAGGAAAUAGACAGAACUUGGGGAGACGGCAGGUCAAUGAAAAGUUUUCUGUGUCCAUGAAAUCACAAACAUGACGGGCAUUAUGUGAAGAUCCAUGAAGAUGAAAUCAUUUGUGCACGUUGUCAUGGAUUCAAAUUUCAAAAUCCCUGAUACCAAGCUCCCAAUCUUUCUGUGUGCAAUGGGUAAAAUAUCUACACAAAAUAAUGGUUCAAUUGUCCUAUAAAAUUCUAUUUGCAAACGAAUAAUUCAGUUUAAACAUUACUCACAAUUAGGUGUUAAUCCCUCCUUUUCAUUUACAUGGAGUGGAACCUAAGGUGACAGGAUUAUUGAUUUGGUGACAGAAUAUUGAUAGAUAAUGACCUUUCAAUAAUUGGUUCAUGGACUUUAUGCUUACCGGUACAUGCAAAUGCUUAUAAGCGUGUGUGUGUGUGUGUGGGGGGGAUUGGCAAUCUAUUGAAGGGGUUUUAGGCUGAGGUAUUGUGUUUGGAGUCAGGUGUAUUCAAUGUGUGAAUAUUAUUUAAAAUUUCUUAUGUGUCAUAAUCAGUUUUACAGUGACCUGAAUGAGCAUGUGUCAAGUGCUGGGCUGAAAGGUCCAAUGCUUGUCAAAGGAGAUGCUGGAUUUGGAAAGUCACUUCUUCUGGCUAAAUGGUAGGUAGUUAAAAGGGUUUUGAAAGUGGUUAGUCCCAGUCAGACUGAGCAUUAUCAAGAACAUUCCUUGGCCUAACUCAUGUUGAUAAACAGCCAUCCAAAAUUCUACUGGAAUCUGAUAUGUCAAGAAACAAACAAAAUGAUGUAAAAUUUUGCCCAAACCUGGGAAGUCUGCCAUUCAAAGCUACUGAAUCCCAUAACUCAUAAAGGAGGAGUUUGUAAGGAUUAUUUCUGGAUUCAAAUGCUGUCCAAAUUUCUGGGUCAAUUUCUGGGAAUUAAGCUGCACUAAUGGUUAUUUUUCACAAAAAUGAUAAAGCAUGUCAAAUAGCCUCAACAUUUUGGAGAACAAGAUAAAUUUUUAGGUGUCAUGGAGACAAUGUGAAUGCACUUUAAAUUCUCCUCAACAUCUGAUGUCACAUUUCACAACAACGUGGAGAGGGAGUGUCAAAAAUUUUCAGCAACAACUCUUGAUUUUGAGAAUAAUUUGAGACCGUUUACAUUUAAUAGGGCUUUAGAGGUUUAGAUUAUAUUUUUCUCUAUGGCAACUAUCACCACAACACUGUCUCUCCCUGAUCUUGUCCUCUUGUUAACUGAAAUUUGAGUGUCACAAGCUCCUUCAUCCUUUCUUUUUCAGGAUAGCCUUGCAGCAAAGCAGUUUGUCGGGCAGAUUAAUUCUUUAUCAUUUUGUGGGGUCAAUGUCAUCUUCUAGUGCUAAUCCAGUUUUAAUGCUGAGAAGAUUUACGAUUCAGGUAAUACAAAUCAUAAAUGAUGCUGCUCAUUGGGCAGUGAUGUUAAGCCACUGGUGUUGUCUCUUUGGUCCUUCAUUAAUUAGUUAACUCAAGGAGGACACGGAAAAGAAUUCACACUUCUUUUAGGAAAGAGUGGGAAAGUUUCAAUCCUCUGUUGACUGUAACUGUUUCAAAAGUUACUGUAACCCCUACAAUUUCAGUUACGAGGGUAACUCAAUCGGUAGUUUUUCCCGCAGAACAGAAUAAUGGCUGCUGCUACCAGACUGGUGUCUUUCUUGUACAAACAUUUUAUGCAAUUUUCUGGACUGUUAAUUAAAAGUACUGUAUCCUUUAUUCAUAGGCACCAUGGUGGAUUUUCCAUUCCUGGUACACAUCUAAAUUCAAAUGAGUCAGAUUCCUUAAAAAUUUCUACAUUGUAUUUAAUCUGGAAAAAAAUUUUUUAACAAAAAAAACUGACACAUGCACGUAACUAGUUGACUCAAUCACUUAUCGCAAAAAGAGGAUCCAGAGGUUCAAACCCAAACUGCAUACUGCAAAUGUGACAAGUAGGACAAGGUCAUGUGACUCCCUUUUGUUUUCAGUUUGCUGUGUCACUUGAAAAACCCAUAUUGCUACAGGUCUCCAUUGAUGUUGUCUAACCCCUUAUAACUAGGCUGCUAUCAUACUCAUUAUUCCUAAUGUGUUUUGUUAGUUACUGAAGCAGUUGGGAUCGUCCCGCGUAGUAACAUGUGACCCUGUUCAGUUAGAAGAGGAGUUUCCACGUUGGCUGGAAAGAGCCGCAUCAAAGCUUCAUGGCGGAGUCACACUAGUGAUUGACUCUGCAGACAGACUACAAGGAGCUCCUAGCCAUAUGCAGUGGUUAUUAGACCCUCUGCCUGUUGGCGCAAGAGUUAUCUUAUCAGUUACGGAAAGCACCUGUCCAAUGGCCUGGAGGUAAUAAAUUUGACAAAUGCACCCAGUAACAAUGUUCUCUCUGUGCAUCUUGACAGGACCCUGCGCCAAGGAAGAAGUCUAAACAAAUAGCUUGUAGCCCUUACCUUAACUUUGUUUGAAUUAUUAUUGUUUGAAUUUUUAUUGUUUUUUGGAUGGAUAAUUUCCUAUCGUAGUGUUUGAGACAUAAUAACAAAAUUUCAAAUGUUAGAUUUAGAACUUACGCUCUUUCAAAAAUUAAUGCCCUUUUUUGAGGGAACUUAGUCUAACCUAAGCUAAUUUGUUAACAGGGGUAAUCAUUUAAACUCGGUUCCAGGUCUCGCUGCUACCCCCUCCCCCUCAUCCCAAAUCCACACCAACACCAUUUUCCUUCCAUCAUUUAGGAUCAUAGCAGAGUCAAAGCAAUAAAAAAAAAUACUACCGUAAAAUCCCACGUUAAAGCCCCCCGGUUUUAAGCCCCCCCGGAUAUAAGCUCAUCCAUUUUUGCUAUAUUUAUUCGGAUAUAAGCCCCCCCCCCCUGUUUAUAAGCUCAUCUAAUGUAUAAGUAAGUUCUUUUUUGGGUUUCUUUAGACAUAAACAAGUCACUGUGGAACAAUAAUUAUGAUGUAGACAUAUGGUAUAAAAUUCUGCAAGCAGAAUACUACAAUAAUUAUGUUCAUACCAAAAGAAGAAACAAAUAUUCAUGUAUAUAUAACAACUCUAAGAGUUCUGUUCCACUGUUCAUUUCCAACACAACUGUUUAACUCCAAUGUUUUGGGAUAACAGAGGAAACAGCAAGCUAACGCUUGUAGGUUUUUUACUUUCGUUCUGCUCCGUUCCAGUUGUUCCAGUCGCACAAGUGUUUUAUAGAUGUUUUUGAAAUACAGUCUCCGUUUAUUGUUACACACAAUAAAUAUAUUAUAAAUGUAGCUCUAACUGUAAUGGUUGCUUUAAUUCGUUUCUCAGAUAUGUUUUAUCUUGUUGUUCCGAAACAUUUUUUUUAAAUUUCGCUUAUAUGCCCCCUGGAUAUAAGCCCACCCAAAACCCCUUAUGAAGUUAUGUAAGCUCAGGGCUUUAUCAUGGGAUUUUACAGUAUUUGAAUAUUUCUCCUCAGGCCCUGGUCUUCAUUGGAACUUUGUCCUUUGGAUUUAAAAGGAAGUUCAGACUUGUUGCUUGCCUGUCUUAGUCAAAAUGGCCAGAGAAUUUCCCAAGAACAGGUAUGUCAAAUAGCCAGCUUUGUAAUCAGAAAUUAACUGAAAUACCUUUGUUUCUUUAUCGUUAAUUAACCUUUACAUCCGUGAUUCUAUAAGAGUCUUUGUACCAGUAAACGACAAUCAAACACCAAAAUGCAGUGGAAUACAUUGCAGGUAAGUCUUUUUUAUUCAUUUCAUUAAAGAAAAAGUAAGGUUUAGCGUUAUUUAGCGUUCGCAUAUCUCCGUAAUGUAUUUCUCAUACAAAGACUCUUAUAUUUUCAACGGUCGCCUGUAACGCGACACCGGCGCGUCACCUAUGGUAUGUAAAUUACAUUACACCCUUCCCUCGUAACGUGAGUUUGGGCUGCCUGUGUUUGACCCUCAUUGGCCAAUUUCUAGAAUAAACCCUGCUUAUGGGAGGUGGCCUCUUACAAGAGGUAGUAGCACACGGAGGUUCUACUAUAUUUAACUGUUAUAAAAGUAGAGACAGCUGGUCAUGGCAAUAUUGAGUAACUGACCUGUUCCCUAACUUUACAUUCACAGGUUAAUAAUAUGCUUGAAAAGACUUCAUCUGAAGGCAGAUAUAAUCCAAGAUUUAUUUGUUUACUAUCCGCUCAGUUGGCAGCGUAAGUUGUCUUUUAUUUUUGCUCAGUAACAUAAUUAUAUGAGUCAUUCAACAGGAUUUUUGCAAUUUAUUUAAUUUGCAUUUUAAUAGUACCCAGAUGAUUUCAUUUUGUGUUUUGCUUUUUUCAGAUGUAAAGAUAGAAAAGCUUUCAUGGACUGCUUUGAAGUCAGUUUGUCCAAAAAAGUAAGUAACGAAUCAAAAAAAAAAAACUGUCAACAAAAUGAUAGGUUUCAAUCAUAGGCCCACUACAGGAAAAGGAAAGCUUCUGGAUGAGCUGCUUGAUUUAUUUAUUUUUGUGUAUACUCUGUAACUAAGCAAACAUCACAAUGAUUGCUUCUUUUUUGUUUCACAGAAUGCUCUUGAUCUGCUCUGUCACAUUCUGUGCCAAAUUACGACAAAGUUUAGUCCUGUUUUAUCUGAGAGAAUAAUGAAAAAGGUAUGUGAUGUGAUAAUUAUGUCAAACUGGGCACGCAAUAUUUCAAGUGAUAUCCAAACCACAAGAAGUAGCCAAGUCUUUCAAGACCGACUUAAGGUGUGUGAAUGUCAGAAGAAACACUGAGUGGCGUGUUUGAUAAAGCUUUUCAAAUAUAUAGUAAUUUUUGUAAAAGCUUUAAGCUAAAGUUCGCAAACUGUUAUGCUAAAUAAGAUCUGAUAUCCAAACCACCAUCUCGACGACAUUAAGUGCCCACUGGUUACUGUCUGUUGUAUUAUGAUCCCCUAUAACUACUAAAAGAAAUGAAAAUUGAAAUAGGUCGGCUUUAAUAGCGCACUUUCCUGUUUGGGGGAAUGAAAUGCUGGCUGUGUCCUCUGAGAAAAGGUGGCUCUGAUUUAGAGGUAUCUGUGACACUUAAUGUAAGAGCUGAUGGCCAAGACAACUUUCAUGGCCAAUGUUGCCUUUGUUUGGAGGUAGCUGUUAGUGGAGGUUUGGCAAUACGUCUACUCUAACUCAUAUUGAAAUUAGAGGAAGUAAAAGGAACUGCACUUUCCUUCCCCAUUGCUUUUACCACAGGGUGCUUUUGAGUUUCCUUAAGCAUCCGAGAGUUAAAUUUAUAGCAUUGUUUAAAGUGUCCUUAAUACAAUGAUUGGUCAUAAUUUUCCUCUGUUGCAUUGUGCAGAUUUUCCUUCAUAUUAUGACGGCUCGCAAUGGUAUCAGUGAAUCUGAGCUACUUAACCUUGUUCCUGUUGCCUGGUAUGAGUGGCUAAUGCUGUUCAGUGCUUUGCAACACAGUGGCAUAACUGUGACAAGGAUGGGGCUGGUGUCGUUUGCAAAUGAACAGGUCAGUAAAACAGAGCUGACUCUUUUAAAAUCUGUAGCAGGGUUCGUACAGAGUCUUCAAAUCUUGAAAAAGUCUUCAAAUUUCCCCAGCAGUUUUCCAAGUUUGUAAAGUAGAGAUAAAGUCUUGAAAGGGGUACAAAGUCUUGGUUUUUUUUUUUGAAAGUUACAAUAAGUGCUUUACAAGUGAAUUUUUUUUUGUGCUGGUCAAAUCUUAUUCAAUCUCGCCUGCACGUUUGCAGCGCAUCAUGGAAAAAGCUUUGUUCCUUCAUUUUUUGAUCACCUAUCUGAUAACCUUGAGUCUGGAAAAAGAAAUUAUUAUUUUGGAAAAAGUCUGGAAAAAGUCUUGAAUUUCAGAUCCAAAAAUCUGUACGAACCCUGCCUAUGUUAAACUGGCAAGCCACGUAUUUCUCCAUGAUGAUACCCCUGCUCAAUCAAGUGACAGUAACCAGAUUCUCCACCACUUUCCAUGUCACUCAGCUUGUACCCCAGUAUAGUCCAUGUGCCUAUAAUGUCAUUUGCUCUUUUCUGCAGGUGAGACUUGCAGUAAAUCAAACCAUUUUACUUCAUGAGGACAUGCAAGAAAACAAGGAGGUUGAAGAAGCUUUUAUGAAGUUUUUUGAGAUGAAAUUAAGGUAUUGAAUACAUUUUCGUUACGUUAUAAACUUGUUCUAUAUUUGGAAUAAAUUGUAGCCUUCAAAUGUGAGAGAAAAUUAGCACACUUGGUAUUGUUAUUAAUUAGGCUGUUGCUCAAAAAAAUGAUCACAAAACUCAGAAGUGUUUUUGUCCAAAAGAGGAGCGUAUUUACCAGUAAACCUCCUGCAUUCCCAUGUUUUUUUGUUUAAAAUGAGCAUCGCUUCCUCAACGCUGGUGUAUUUUGUUUCAUUUCAGCGUUUCCCAUGUAACCUGGAGAGUAACAGAUGAGUUACUGUGGAGUUUGAAAAAGGCUUGCAAGGAGGAAAAGCUGAAAGAAUGUCUUUUGAAUGCUGAUGUUUUUAAAUUGAUAUUUGAAAGGUAGGAAUGAAUGCCUUCUGCUUCAGUGGGAAAAUAAUUUCUGCCACACAACUAGUUGUGAUUUUCUGGUUUUGUCCUAUUUUCAUAUCAAACCCUUAAUUGUUUUGGUCCCUAAUUAUUAUGACAGCCGUACAAUAGAUCCGUAAACCUGGUCAGGAAUUGUCUACAGUGAGAGUAUUACAAGAUUUUUGGAGAUGGUACCGCGGUGUUAAAAAAUUCACAUUAGUGGUUGUAAUAGAACAAACAUGUGCAUAAAGUAAGUAAACAUGAAAAACUUAUUGCAAAAAGCGUAUUGAAAAAUUCUCCUGUUAUUCUUAUUAAUCAGGGGACGUUUUUCAGAGCUUAUAAACUACUGGCAUUAUCUUGGAGUGGAUCAAGCAACACUAGGAAUGAAAUACAUUGAUGUAGUAAAACAUAUGGAAGAAGGUUAGGGAGUGGCGUUUAUUUUCAGUUUUACAGUUCCCUUUAAACCCUAAUAUCAAAAUUCAGUCUCAUUUGUUAUCCCUAUUAUUUUAAUAGAAGUAGUGUGGGGCGAAUUUGUUGAAGUAUCAAUUAGAUUCAUCUUGUGUUAUCAUGUCCUCAAUUCUCAUGACCAGUGUGUUUUAUUAUGCAGUGAUAUUACAAGGAGAAAUUUUACGCUGAUCACUCUUGGGCCUUAAAGGAGUAUACAGUGAAGAAUAAUCCAAACUCUCCUAACCACUACCCCUUUAUUUUUCGAAUCUUGUUUACGUUUUUUGCUUUAUUUACACGUGUCAUAUUCAGAUGACGGUAAGAGACCCCCCCCAGUAUUAAUCAGUGCGAAAAAACGAUGUGCUAUAACAACAACAAGAACAACAAUUUUAUGAAAAAGCAAAGAAAGACAUUAAACAUACACACUGCCUGCAUUUAGCUAAAGCUAUUCGAGGCAGGCAGUGUGGGUACUUCACUUACUUAAAGACGUUUAGCAAGGAAAAUAAAAGAGAUUUACAACAUCGAGGAAAAAGAGGUUAAAAAAGAUGAUAAUAGGAAUGAGUAAAUAUGUAAAUAAGUAGAAAAAUAAAGGUUACAAUACUUCUAAGGGGCAUCUGGGCGGAUAAGACUGAUACUCGUAGAGUAUGUUCGUAGCUUACAGUUAUUGUUGGUAUGACACUCCUUGUUUAUGUUCUGUGUUUACUUUGUGUUAUCAGAAAAUAAGUUGUCAGCUUCCACAGCAGAGAUGUUUGAAGUUGUUGGUCGAUUUUUGAAAUGCUUUGGACUGUUAAGCCAGGUUGGUUGAUUCAUUUGUGACAAAACAUACGACGGUGGAUGUAUUUUUCUUUGAGUACAUUGCAUAAACAGAUAAUCCCAAUAAAAGCUUCACUGGGGAUCAAACGAAGUAAAUAGCUGCAUGUUGCAAUAAUUCUAAUUACACUCGACUCAUUCCCUUUGGGUUAUUCAAAGUCCCAAGGUCAUUUUCGCGCUUUCAGACUGUGAUGCCCGCAGCUCCAGGAACAUAAUUGACCGUUUGAGAACAUGAAUUGUGGAUAUUUUACUUUAGGUCGAGGCUAACCCUGUAUAAAUGAGUCUUCAGUGCUUCUAUUCAGUGACUGCGAUGAAUUCGAAACUGGACUAUUUGCCCUGUACCGUCUUUCUACAGCCAGUUGAAAACAUUUGGUAUCUGACCGGGAUCGCAACCCGGCGGGAUUGAGAUAGAAGCCAGGUCAGACUGUGGCUCUGUGGAUCCCUUUACCCUUAGAAGUGAAGAAGGAAUUCCGCGGUAUGGAAAUUUGUCCUUAUCUCUUGAGGAUUUAAGACAAACUUCAGCGAAACAUAUUUGUGGCAAAAUCUGGAGCCAUGCAAAAGCUCUUCUUUUUAAUUGGCCUUUCAAAACACCUGCUAACGUGUUUAAGGCUAGAGAAAUUGCUUGGGUCAUUCCUCUAGUGUUUCGUCUGGUAAAAACAACUCGUUCCGACAACGUCACCGUGCCUCGUGAAAAUUGAUGUAUUUGGGUAAUGAGGAGUGUGGCUUGUUUGUUAUUAGGCUGCUCCUCUUUUUCAACGAGCUCUGGAGAUCAGAGAAACAGUCCUCGACCCAGAUCACCCGCUUGUGGCUCAGUCGUUACAUCAUCUUGCCAGUUUAAACGCACAGUGGGGCAAGUUCACGUAAGUUGCAAAAGAUGUAGUGACAAUAAUGAAGUUGCUUAGAACAAAAAACUGCUUCAUCGUUAAAAUAGCAGUUAGUGUCUUGAGCAAUCUUUUGAAGUCAAGCGCUAGACGACAUGUUAUAUAAUUAGAAGAAACUACAGACCUUUUGAUUCGAGGCGAGGACGAGAUUUGACACACUUGCAGUUUACCCUAGAAAAGUUAUUAUGGCCAAUUUUGCGAAGGAGGUUAACCCCUCUCCUGAUAUCAAAGUAGUAAAACUUGUAUCAUAUGAUAAGUUGUUCCGUCAUCACCACAUUUUCGCUACAAUGUGUAGUAGAGUGACGACGGCCAUCGCGUUUUCCCGCCAGACGCUGCUUCACGCGCGCGCACCAUUUAGUAUUCAGAAUAUCUCGUUCUCGUAGUCGUUCUCGUCUUAAUCUAAAAGUCUCCAUUACUCACAUAUCCGUAUACGCAAUGAUCUCGAACACUUUUCUUGUAAGUUUCAAAAAUGUCCAUUUAGGGUCCUCAAAACUUGUGGCAGAACGUAAGUGUAUGAACAUGUCACUAAUGACCCUGUUUUGUUGUUGUUCACAAAUUAAGGUUGACAUUUUGAAUUGUCGCUGUAAAUCGUAGAUUUCUUAUCAUUACGUCUUGUUUUUGGAAAGGAGAGAGGGUCAAUUGAUAGCGUUUUUUUCUUUCCUGUUAUUUGUAGUCCCGCUGAAGCGUUCUUCAAACAGGCCAUAGAAAUAAAGGAAAAUGCUCUUGGAAACGAUCAUCCUUCACUUGUUAAAGUGAGUAGUGAUAAUUCGCUUUCGGAGUUAAACAGAUGUGGGUAAUUCAUUAGUUUAACAUUCCUUAAAAGAAAAGAAAUGAAGCUUUUGUUUAGUUUCUUUGUCUAUUUAACAAAGUUUAAAAUUCGUUUGAUUAUAUUAUUCACAUACUCCUUUAUUUUACAUGUACAAAAAAUAAAUUUACAAAAAGAAGAUGCAAUGAUGCAGUAUCAAGUAUGAUUAAAGGAAUCUGUGUGAGCUACUUAUUAGGUUUAAGCUACAUUGAUUUAAGAACUAUCAGAUAUGUGACUCAAAUAAAUUUAGGUAUCAAGGUAGCGGUUUUAUUUUACAGUCCUCGGAGUUUCCACACAAGACUUUUUUUAACAAAAAAAAUAAACCUCCUCAAGUUUUACUUUUUUUGCCAGAACAAUCCCCCAGUCACGAUCACUAGCAUUUCUAUAUUCAUUUGUUAUCUAGGCAAAGUGUACGGCAAAUGUGUUACUGUUUUGUGCAUUUUUGUUUUAUUUUACCUGUUUGAUAACUUUUUUCCAGGAUUUGGAAGGCUUGGCCUUUUUGUACAAGAAGCUCGAAAAGUAAGUUUAAACUCGAAAUGUAACGUAAUUGUCUUCUUUUUUUCAAGUGAAAUAAGGUAAUGGGAAUUACUAUAUUUGUGAGCCGUUUCAUCCGUCGUUAGUGAUCGUAAAACCAUAAGAAAGUUCUAGGUAAAGGUGUAAACUCCUCAUUCUACUUUGCCCGUGGAUAUGCACAGUAGUUAAAAAUCACCAUAUCCAGUAUGCGUUCAAGGUUUUUUUUUUUUUGCCAAUGUGCAUUUAGUAGGCUUAUAGGCACGCAUUUUAUGGUGAGGGUCCUUGGUUGUAAUGGGGCCCGCAAGGGAUUGAAAGUGCCUUCUUAGGUCUAUUGAUGCUCCCUGGAGUGUAAAGGAACUCCCCUUGAGUGUACAGAGACCCCGGCUGGGUGAAGUGUGCCUUCCAUCCCUUCUUCUGUCAUCUCUUCCCCCGCCCCUCCCCUCCACGCCCUCUGUGUUAGAUAUGACCUUUUUGGGUGCAGAAAGCACGCUCUUAGAACUAUAAUUAGUGUACCUUUCCAAUGGUUUGAACAGGUUUAUUCCUUUCAAUAAACGGAAGAACAGGUCACUGUCCCUGAGGUGGAACAGGAGGUCAUUAUUACAAAUGAUAACUUACUCUUCCCGCUUUCUCAGUGGCCACAAUAGUGACUUUCUGGUUCUGAAACAAUGGAAGAGUGCAUGAAAUCAGACAAUGCCCUCUCUCCUCUGCCUUCCUUGAAACCAGUGACUUCGUGCUGCAUGCUUGUUUAUUUAUUUUAAGAAGGCCCAGGAGCUGAGGCAUUAUCCUUUUCACCAUUUGCAAAUCUCCUACUAUACACCUUGUUUGCCCCCCCAAAUUUUGCAUAACUUCUGUUUUUGAUUUCUCCUCGGUAAUACAGUGGUCCCCAGAAAAAUAGAAGACAAUGCUUUUGCAAAGUUUUGGAGAGUAAUCUCAUAUUUUACAUUGUGUUAUUUAUGUGUUAUUUACAUUCCUAAGUAAAACAUGCAAUUAUUUGCAUCCGUUUCUAGCAUUGUUUUGCACACACACACAGUUUUAAUUGGAUGAAUGAUGUUAUUAUUGUUAUAGACAUGCCAUGGCAGGAUCUUUACGCAAAAAGGCAGAGGCAAUCAAACAGAAAUCAAACUCAUCUGUAAGUCAUCAGGAUUAUCCUUGUGAUUAGUUUCCUUAUAGGAUCUAUGUGUCUAUGUGAGUGUUUCGACAAGAAUGAAGAAGUUUAGUAUACGUAUUAAUCCCUCAAUUUCUAGCAGCGUAUUGUUUGAUUUCACCUUGGUUGGUUUUCUGUUACGCGUCAUAAUCCGAUACUAAAGUAAUCUAUGAUAUCAGACCCAUACUUGAACCAAUCAGAUCUUGAGGAAAGUGGUUUGCCCUUAUCUUGGUUUUGAUUUUAUUUCUGAUUGGCUAACAAAGUAGCUCGAACAUUUUCAGCCAAUGACAGAGCGUUGUAUUGCAAAAUCAAUACAAUCCCAAAUUGCCUCCUAAACAUGUCGGAGAAAACCACUGAAAAAGGAACAAAAGCAGCUUACUGUGAAGUUAGAUGCUAAAGUUUUUAAAAUGGUUUCUCCAGGUUAAUACGAACGACUUGAAAAAGAAAACUCUUCAGGUAGAAGAACUGGCUCGAGAAUCACCAAGUACAGAGUUGGCACGUUCAUUGAAUGAGCUGGGUGUGUUAAAUUUUCUUCAAAAUAAUCACGAGUAAGUAAACGUGUCACGUCUUUCAGACUACAGUUAUAAUUACUGUUAUUUUAAGUUGUUAGUCUACUAUGCACCGUAACUUGAAUCUUAACUCGGUUCCUUUCACUGGAAAUGUUUACUUCACAGCACUAUACAGUAGAAAAGUGUUAUUGUUGUUGUUGUUUGGGCAGAAAUCGUGUCAUUUUCUUUAGAAGUAAGAUCUUUUUUACCAGAACGAUUUCUUUCUCACUCGAACCUUAAUGUGUGAACCGGACCUAAUUUAGCAACUUCUACCGUGACGGCAAUACACAAAACGUCCCUUUAAAACUUGAAAUCAUGCUUUUUCAAACUUAAUCGGUAUAAAUUUUGGCAUGUCCAGUGUGUAAAAUGUUGGCAUAUUUUUUCUGGAAUUUAAUUCCAAAGAAGAAAAAUAAAAUUUUUGUUGUGUUUUGUUCGUUUUCUCCAUAAAACGUGAAAUACCGGUAAGGACUUUUCACAUCGUAGCCGUGCAGCGACCGUAAACGAAAUGUACCAGACAUUUUGACAUUUUGGCCCAAUUUUUGUGGUCUUUAGACUAUAGAAAAUUGUUAUUUGUUAAUUUAAACCCACUUCUCAGAGUCUGCAUAAAUGAAACACUAAAAAUAUAACACUGCCUGUCCUGUUGGAUGUAUGACAUAAAACUCCGUUUUGAGUGUGUCAAAACAUCUCUAAGAAAAUGAUUUGAAGGAGAAAUUCAAUUAGCAAAAAGCCGAAGGGUUUGUACCAGGUAUCCAAACAAAUCCAGUUGCACCAUUUCCUUGUCUUCUGAAUCCGUAAUACGCUUUAGACGAUAACAUGCUACUCUUUCCUUCUGUCCUUUCAAACAGAGUUGCCAGGUCAUGUUUUCACCUGUCGUUGGAGAUGCGCGAGUCUCUACAGGGUCCUGAUCACCCGGAUGUUGCCCAAUCUCUUCAUAACCUAGCAGCGUUUUAUAAUGAUCAGAAGAUGUAAGUGAUGUACUUGCUUAAAUUAGGCAUGCUCACUGCAUUCAGAGAUCUGGUCUGACGAAAGCAUAAGGCAGAAAACAGCUUUACAGUGGCCAAUUUACAACACAGUUGAUGUCAAUCUAAAGAAUUAUACCAAACUGCCAAAGCGUUUUCAGGAUUAUCAAAAUAUCAAAACGUAAUUUGCAGGCUAAUUAAUUUCUAUUUGGCUUUUUUCUUCGGUUUUUUUUGCGCGUUAGUGCAGUUAGGUGUAUGUGUGUAGAAAGUGCCUACUAAAAGAUUGUCAAAAAAAGUGUUCAAUACAGUACAAAAUGUUACGCAGCCUUUAUGUAUUUGCACUUUCCACUUGUGUUUUCGCUCCUGCUCUUAGAAUAAAACACACGUAGUCUUAAUUGCCGUUUAGCAGCGUUUUGAAAUUAAGAUGGCCACCCGUAACACAGGGUUCGCACAGAGUCUUGAAUUCUUGAAAAAGUCUUGAAAUUUUCCCAGCAAUUUUCCAGACCUGGAAAAAGUCUGGAAAAUGGAGAUUAAGUCUGGAAAAAUGGUAAAAAGUCUUGAGUUAGUUUAUUUUCUUUUUCAAAGCUACAGCAAGUGCUUUAGAAGUGAAAUGUUGUCCGUUUUGGUCGAAUCUUAUUCAAUCUCGCCCGUGCGUUUGCAGCACACCAUGCAAAAAGCUUUGUUCCUGCGUUUUUGUGGUGUCUAUUGAUCACCUCUUUGAUAACCUUUAGUCUCGAAAAAGAAAUUAUCAUUUUGAAGAAAAGUCUCGAAAAAGUCUUGAAUUUUGGAUCCAAAAAUCUGUACUAACCCUGGUAACCGUAGGUGCUCGAUCGUACGGAAAAAUAGGGGGCAGUGAACAGUCUUUUAUUUGGUGGGUGGUAGAUGUAUGUUCGCCAGAGACCCUCUAACCCUCCGACGUUUCCAGUUAAUUGCUGUCCAGAGUAGUAGUGUAUUAACAGUAAGUUGCUUUAUGUUUGUUUCAGGUAUGACAAAGCAGAACCACUCUAUGUUAGAGCCUAUCAGAUCAGAUUAAAGGUGGGGGAAAAUUAUGUUGUGCAACUGCCUUGUUAACUACCGUUUUUAAGGGGGUGCUUUCAUACUGGUAUGUGUUUUCACUAGUAUAAAAGUAGUAGCCCUUGGCAUGAGUUUGCACUGCUAAGAAGGGCACACCGCCAUCAUGUAAACAUUUCUUGGUUUUCAAAGUACAAUAUUAAGUAUGUGAAGGAGAAAAUGCAAAAAAUCGAGUUGUGUUUCCAUUAAGUUUGUAUGUGUCCGGUAUACGUCUUGGAUCAGAAAUGUCGAGCGCGCACCGUAUGAUGAAAGCAUAAGGACAGAUAACAAAUUUGAAGCUCGGUAGUGGGUUAGAAGAUUUGAGGUUAGAGGUUUGCUCUCUUGUCCGGCACUUUAUCGUGAUUGGUCACUACACAAUCAACAUUCUUGAAAUUUUUUAGGUGUUCACGGUUUUCUGAGUUUGAUGGUAAUUGAUGAUUGAUAAUUUAUGUAAUUAUGAUGUCUCUUUUAAUAGGCCUUUCCACCGCACCAUAGCAGUGUGGCCUCUACCAUUAAACAUUUGACAGUAUUGUACAGAAAACAGGUAUGAUUAUCAUCUUUUACUUCUUGUUACCGCUUAUAGUGAAAUAUUAUUGUAUCUCUUUAAUCCAUAAUGUCAGAGUUCUCCCUGGGAUUUUUACUUGAGAUGCCUCAGGGCCCCUUCUCCUGAAAAACGGGAGCCCUGACAAAACUUUAAGGAGGUAAAAAUAUCCCUUUUCGUCGGCAAAAAUCACACGGAACGAAUAACAUGAGCCCACAGUCAAAAUGGUAUGUGGUUACUACUCGAUGUUUGACCCACGCCACAUGUAUUCACUGGCCCUCCUAUACGUAGAUCAGUAAUGUCAAGAGUUUACCGUAUGGUAAUAAAGAAAUAAGGAUGGUAACUUAAAGGUAAUUUUAAACGUGGGUAUCGUUUUUCUGGUUCUAUUUUUCUCUCAAAGCGUUGUGAGGUACUUUUUCAAGACCUUGUAAUAGGCGCUGUAUGUCUUUAAGAACCUAAGUACUCCGACAGAACCUUCAUGGUAAUGUGAAAUAUUAUUUUCUACUGACAGGGUAAAUACACUGAUGCAGAACCUUUGUACAGGUAAGAAACAUUUUUUGUCUCCUGGUCGCCAUUAUGAAUAGUCCAAAAAGUCUCAUCACAAAAAAAUGGAGAUUGUCCGUAGUGGAAUUACACUGACGUUCACAAUGUUUCAUUACUCUGCUAAAGUGGUGACCAGGUUCACUCCUUUUACCGACAGGAAGUUGGUAUUUUCCGGUCCAUUUUGUUUUGUUUGUUUCUUUUUUCUGACUUAUUUGUAGUAAUUCCAGUGUCGAGCUUUCUUGAUAAUUUGUGUUUUCUCUCUUGUGAGCUCCCAGGACUUCCCCUGAAAGAAAGAGUGAUGCUUCUUAUAACUGUCCUGUUGUAGUGGGCAGGAAACAACAUGUAAACAAUUCAGUGCUAGUUUGUUUCGCUUUUUCAUCUGAUUCUGUCGUGCUUUUCUUUUACCUUACAGACAAGCCCUAGAAAUACGAGAGAAGACGUUUGGUAAAUCACACCCCAGCGUUGCUACAGCUCUUAACAACCUUGCUGUUGUUUUAUGUCUUCAGGUAAACAAUGUAACAGUAGUUAUUUGACUACCUUAAGAAGCCCGGAUUCCAAAUUCUCUUGCUGCUUUAUGAGGUUCUGGAUUUUUAAAGAGCCUUUACACAUGUUCCAAUGACCUGAUUGCAUGUUUUCCAUUUUGAGGUUGUUAGUGGGACAGGUGGAUUGUCCCAUUGCACUAUGGGACAGUUUGGUGACGCUUCCCCUUCUUUUAUUGGCUGGCAGAUCUCUGGGUCAAAACUCGUCCCCAAAAACUGCCGCCUGGUUAGCUCAGUUAGGAGAGUGCCGGUCUGCUGAGCAAGAGGUCGCGGGUUCAAACACCGGCCAGACCAAUGCUCAGGGUCUCUAAAUGAUUGAGAAGAAAGUGCUGCCCAUGUACUGACAUGUACAAAUGGUUAGACUUUCUACACUUCCUUCUCGGAUAAGGACGAAAAACUGUAGGUCCCGUCUCAGAGCACUUUCAUUUAUCUGGUUCUUGUGAGACAUAAAAGAACCCCCACCACUUGUCGGAAAGAGUGGGGGACGUAGACCCCGGUGGUGUGGCUAACCUUUCCUGGGCUGGGUAGAUAUUAAAGCGUGGCCCAAGUGGUAUAGGACUUGACACACGAUCAGCUAGUGUUUAUGAUGCAGGUUGAAUACCGGUGGAACGAAACUCUUUUUCCUUGUUGUACAUUAUUUUAUUUUGUUUUGCUUUGUUUUUAUCAUAUUUUCGCCUUUGCCUUGUUUCUCUUAUUCUUAAGGCUGACCCUCUAUAGCUUCCCGAGGUUUUUGCGAUAACGUAUUUCUAAUGCAUAUAGCCCUAGAAUGCAGUUAAACACAAAACCGACUCGGUCCCAGGCGUAACCUCUAAGUGGCCAGAACUUUGUAAUGUACUGAAUUUAUGUCCUGAAAGGAACCGAAGUGGGUAGGGAAGAUCUGUAAUGGACUUAUGCGUCACCAAUUUGGCAAAAGCUAUGGACCAGAGUCUUAACCCCUUCACCCCCACUGUGUGGUCAUUCUAGCUUUUGAGUCUCUGGAUGAAAUGCUUUGGUGUGAUCAUUCAAAUAAAACCUCUUCAGCAGUACUUUCUUAUGGUGCUAUCUAUUGAGUAUGUAGUUCUAACUUUUGAGUCGGAGGGCGUCAUUCUAUGGAGUGACCAUUCAAACGAAACCUCUUCAGCAGUACUGUCACAUGGCACUAUUUAUUUAGAAUGUAAUUCCAACUUUUUAGUUGGUGCAUGAAAUCCUAGAAUGUGACCAUUCAAAUGAAACUUCUUGAGCAGUACUUUCACAUGGUUCCAUUUGUUUUUUAGCAUGUUACUCAAUAACUUUCGGAAAUUUUCUUGAUUGUUUACUUGAGCUACUUUUGGCGGUGAAAGAGUUCGAAACUUUUCUAUUGUUUUGAUCGACAGAACAGACAGUCAGAGGCGUUACCACUGUACGAGCGGGCUCUACAGAUCUAUGAAGAGAUGCUGGGCACAAGCCAUCCACGUGUGGCUGAAACUCUCGUCAAUCUUGCUAAGCUUCUUUAUGACCUGGUGAGUAUACUUUCUCUUUAAUAUGCUUUACCUCAGAGGGCCCUCGCCCUCGCAUCCCAUUAGAGUUAAAAAAAAGGUAAACCACCACCCGGUUAACUCAGUCGGAUGAGUCCAGUCUGCUGAGCCUGAAGUCGCGUGUUCAGAUCGCCAAUCACCUUUUUUUAAAACUAUGGGAAGAUUAUGGUGGCUGCUGUUAUACAUCGUCUGUCAGUUUAGAUGGUCGCAUUAGUGGGCGUUGGUUUUUUUCACCUUUCCUUGUCAUUUAAUUAAACGGGGACAUAAAUGGACCCACACUGCUGUUCGAUAAGAGCAAGGGAAGUACACUGACCCUUGUAGUGUGGUCUCUUAAGUCAAUCUAGCUAUAAUUUUGGUAUUGGAAUAAGCAAUGAUUAAACAACAAGGACAACGUUAUUAAAAGCAAUGAAAUACAUAAAACAUACACACUACCUACAUUUAGCUAACGCUAUUCGAGGCAGGCAGUGUGGUACUCUACAUAUGUGAAGUGAUACAUUUAAAAGACAUUUUACAAGAAAAAUAUAAGAGAUUUACAACAUCAAGGAAAAAGAGGUUAAAAAGAAUAUUAAUAAAAUUGAAAAAAUAUUUAAAUAAGUAGAUAAAGGUCAAAUACAUUGAAUUAAGAUAAUCUUUUUUUAAUUUCAGUAAUAAGGGUGUCUAUAUCAGCAUAACUAUCCUGUCUUUGAAGAUCAAGUAGUAAUAAACUGUGUAUUUGUUUCUUAAAAGCAUGCUUCGGGAUUUUUCUCACAUUUUCAGGGAUACGGAAGAGUUUUUGUAAUGAUUCAGUUUAGAGUAUUUCCUAUAAAGACGGAAUUCUUUACUAAUUGCGGAUGGAAAGUGGAAGAUCAUUCCAAAAAUAUUGUUCAAUAAUUGUGGGAGACAAUUAUUUAAUGUUUGUUCUAUAAAAGUGCAAUGUGUUUCUAUCAGGGCUCACCAGAGAAAGCAGCACAUCUGUACAAAAGGGCCAAUGACAUAAAAGAGCGUGAACCACAUCCUGGUCUUUCUCGCCACUCUUCUCUCAGUUUAAUCAGCAACAACAUCCCGGGAAAGCAAUCAGCAGCUUUACAUGCUCACGACAGUGUAUCUAGGGUACUGUCAAUAUCGAGUACCAUGUAAGAAGUUAGAAACUUGUCACUGUAGCUUUUUUUAUGGGUAGGAGUGCGUGAUUUGCGUAAAAAAUGCCAAAUGCAUAAACCUAGAUCCUCGGUGGGGAGCACGUGAUGAGUCAUCGCUAUUCUCCCCACCGCCGCCUCCCUUUUCCCGCUUAAAUGCUUGGCACUAAUUAGAAUUAGGGACAGUUACCCUAAAGGGUGAUUGUUAGGUGUUACUUUGUUGUUAACAAAUUCCAGAUGUUAAGGGUCCCCGGCGCUCUUCUUUUGACGAAGGGUGAAUCGAUUCUCUCAUGCGUGGGACUAGCUCUUGAUAAUCAUCUUGGUUUAAACCAUUGUAGUGGUAUGUAUGUCUGUUAUGUCUGUUAUAAGAAGAAUUGUGUACGAAACUGUUUAUACAGUGUUUUUAAUUUAAAGAAUAUUUUAGUGGCACAUCUUUCGAGACUUGGAAGGGGCGGGUCAUUAUCCGUUUCUGGGAAACUGCCCAACUACCCCUCCCCCAAGCCUUUUCACUUAGGGCAAAGUGUGAACUAAGGGGAGGGGUAGGAACGGGCUAUGUCAAGCUCGUUUCUCUUUUUAAAGAGCUAUAACUGGUCUUCGCAUUUAUUUAGUUCCAUAAAUGAUAAUGGCCCAUUUUGUAAGACUAUAUUUAGUUAUUAAAACUGUUUCGUCUUGUCGGUUGCUACGGAUGGCAUGGAUUGAAACGUAAAAACGUCGGGGCCAGUUUUUUCAAGUUUUAUUUAUUUACUCAUAUCAGUUUCACAAGCAUAAGUCUAAAACUUCCCUUCUAAACUCGAGAGGCAAAAGACUUAAUUUGACUAAACGUUCAGGAUAAGUUAUUGAAAAGUCACACUUCAAAGUAAAUUUGGUUGCACGCCUUUGAACGCGCUCUGUGGCCAUGAUUUUUCCUUCAGUGUAAGGUGACCAGCCUUGUGAAGCGUGAUACUAUGUCUGAAAUUUGUUUUAUACCGUAAAAUUCCGAAAAUAAGCCCCUCCAAAUAUAAGCCCCCCAAAUUCGUAACGCAAAAAACCCUGCGUUAAAUCGCCCCUCCAAAUAUAAGCCCCCCGGGGGCUUGUACUUGGAAAUUGCCCUCAAAUACAAAGUAAAACAAAGCAAAAACGGUAAGUUUACUUCCAGCUGUAAGGCUAGCCCAAUCGAUUUUGAAACGCAAAUUUCCGUCCGUAGAGAAGCCCCUCCGAAUAUAAGCCCCUCCAAAAAUAAGCCCCUCAAAAAGGGCCUUUGAAAAAUAUAAGCCCCGGGGCUUAUUUUCGGAAUUUUACGGUAUCUUUGUAACUCAACAGUAGCAUAUUGUGUGGGUAUAAAGGCACUAAGUAAUAGCUAUAGCUCAUAAUUGACAUAAAAUAGCAAUAUCUUUGUGACAUAGCCAAUUGCUUCGUUUUAGCGUAGUUAGGUCUUGUUUACGUGGAGGAGGGGGAUCCCAGGUAGGUGAGGUAACCCUCUAAGGUGGGGUAACCCGCCUGUCCAUAUAAUUUCUCAUUUCAAUUUGAUCACGUUUACAUGAUAGGUGAGGUGAUCCGCCACGUUACCUUACCUAUCUGGGGUCCCAUGUAAAUAGGCCCUUAUUAAAGUGGAAUGGUUUUGAAACCGGUUACACGCCUUUGUUAUGUGUUUUUGUUAGCUUUUUUGGACCUGACCGUGCACAACGUUCAAUAGCAUUCCAAUCAUUUUAAACUUACUGACCAAUAGAAACAUCACAUUAAUUUCUUCAUUCUCGAAUUGUGAACAAAAAACAAAGGAUUGUGCGCGGUCAGGGAGCUUCCAACAUAAACUGCAGCACCGUUGUUUUCAACUUUGUUCAGUGUUUGCGAUAGGAAAAUAGGAAACCUAUCGAGAGCAGUUUAGAGAAGAUGCAUGUUAAUGUGGGGUAUAAAAGACGUAAAAAAGUUCAAGCUAUUAGACAAAUAAGAACUUAUUUUUGCUAAAGAGAGAAUAAUAUAUAUAUAUUAAAAUAUUCAAUUUAAUUUUUAACAUAGAAGAAGCACCUUGUACAGUAUGUUAAUCAGUAUUAAAGAAAUCACUAGCUCUCGUUUGAAUGGUCACAUAGAAAUGCAUCUGCAAGCUGAAAAUGUAUAACUACAUUGCAUGACCUUACCUUCCUGCACAACAGACCUCUUUUGUUUGGAAGUUUUGUUUUCCCAAUUUGGGUCCUGUGAUAAUGCUCAAGCCAACUGUUUCCAUCAAAUUUGCAUAUUUUUACGCAUUAUUUAUGCGAAGAGAAAGGCAAAUUCCUACGUUAGUAAAACAAAAUAUAAAAGCUAAAAAGUUCUUUUGACUCAGUUUGAAAGUAAAUGGGUUUAUAUUGGUUUUUAUUGUAUAUUUAACAUAACAGAGGUUAUAUUUAUACAAAUU